AGACAUAUACAAUGCAUAGUCGAGAUCGCCCUCUCCUUUAACCGGAGACCCCAAUGACUCACUAAUCCCCCUUCAAGGGGACGCUGUCAGAAUUUUGUGGUCAAGAAACUAUUUACCCCUCCACCCCUCCGUCUCUCCAACACCACGACAACCACAAUUUGCACCUCACGCUCGCGAAAUAUCGGCCAAACGCCGCCCCAACGCUUCCAACGACACGAGGCCACCCUCGACGGCCCUUCCCAAUGGCCUCUGAUCAGCCUUCGGAUCAGGUCCCCCCACAGGCCGCUCCCGAGGCCGACCAGUCGCAGAAGCUUUACGAUGACCCCGUGACUGGGGAGAAGAUAUCCAAGAGCGAGCUCAAGAGGCGCCAGAAGCAACGCAAGGUCGCUGAGGAGAAGGCCCAGGCCAAGGCACAUCAAGUCAGCAUACAGCCCAAGGCUCAAGCGAAGCCGGCUGGCAACCUCGAGGAGGAAUUGAACCCGAAUCAAUACUUCGAAUUGCGAUGCAAGCAAAUCGACCACCUCCGAACCGAGAAGAAGCUCAACCCAUAUCCGCACAAGUUCCACGUGAACACCAAGGUCGCGAACUUUGUCCAUGACUACGAGGAUAUCAAGUCGGGCGACAGCCGGAGCGAUGUUGAAAUCCGGGUUGGCCUGCGAAUCAUGGCCCAGCGUUCUUACGGCAAUUCCCUCAGAUUCUACGACUGUAAGGCAGAAGGUGUGUCUAUCCAGGUCAUGUGCGAGGCCAAGAAUUCCCACGGCGUGCCCUUCGCCGAGCAACACGGCCAUUUGAGACGAGGCGAUUGGAUAGGUGUUGUCGGCUUUCCUGGGCGUACAAACCCCAAGUCUCGCGAUGUUGGCGAGCUGAGCAUCUUCGCGCGCGAAGUCAUCCUCCUCACCCCCUGUCUCCACCAACUACCGUCUAGCCACUUCGGUCUCAAGGACAAGGAGCAACGAUACCGACAACGGUACCUUGACCUCAUCCUAAACGACACCACCCGCCACACCUUCACCAAGAGAGCACAGAUUAUCGGGUUUCUGCGCCAAUUCUUGAACGACCGGAGCUUCCUCGAGGUCCAAACACCGAUGAUGAACAAAAUUGCCGGAGGAGCGGCCGCCCGCCCGUUCAAGACUUUUCACAACGAUCUCCAGAUGGAGCUCUUCAUGCGAGUUGCCCCUGAGCUCUACCUUAAGCAGCUUGUCGUGGGCGGUCUCGAACGUGUGUACGAAAUUGGCCGACAGUUCCGAAACGAGGACAUCGAUCUAACCCACAACCCCGAAUUCACGACUCUCGAGUUCUAUUGCGCUUUCUUUGACGUUAACGACCUCAUGGACUUCACCGAAGAGAUGGUUAGCGGCCUUGUCAAGGCUGUCACGGGAUCCUACCACACCAAAUUCCACACCCAGGACGGGAAGGAAUAUUCAAUCAAUUGGGAGCGGCCCUGGCCACGUAUCGAGAUGAUACCUGCGCUUGAAGAAGCGACGGGGGUCAAAUUCCCCCCAGCAGACCAGUUUAACACUGACGAGAGCCUCGAGUUUUUCCGCGGUUUGCUGGAAAAGCUCAACCUUACCAUGUCUCCUCCAUACACUACCGCUCGGAUCAUCGAUAAACUGACGGGAGAGUUCAUCGAGUCCCGAUGUAUCAAUCCGACAUUCAUUAAGGGCCACCCUAUGGUAAUGUCACCGCUAGCAAAGGCUGAUCGUGCCAUCCCCGGUCUCUCCGAGCGAUUUGAGGUCUUCGUCUGCACCAAGGAGAUCGCAAACGCCUAUACGGAAUUAAACGACCCCAUAGAUCAGAGGGGUCGGUUCCUUGAGCAGGCUAAGGACAAGGCCAAGGGUGAUUUAGAAGCCCAACUCAUUGAUGAGACAUUCUGCGAGGCUCUCGAAUAUGGCCUACCGCCGACAGGCGGUUUCGGGAUGGGCAUUGACCGAGUUGUCAUGUUCCUGACCGACCAGUACAGUAUCAAGGAAGUGUUGACAUUCCCUCUGAUGAAGGAUGUAGAUGAGCCCUCGGCCAAGGCGCUGGUGGCAGUCGAAGAGGAAGGCAAAGCAAAAGAGAAUUGAUCAGGGAGAUUCAAGCUUAGACGUCUACUGAUAGGACAGCAUACGGCAUUGAAUUUGCCAGCAAACAGCCAGCAUGUCGGCUCCACUCGUCCAUGAGUUACGAGCUGGCGAGCGAUGAGUGCCGUGCCGAUAGGGGCGCGGUCCGGGGGGUUUGCAGCUAGGUGAAAUAAAAGACUACGAUUUUAGCACCGCCCCGCGUUCAACUCGUCGAUUAUAUUUGCCCCGUCCUGUAGGUGGAUUCGAACAUGACUGCCUAUUAAUAAUCACAGGGAACCAAGAAUU